AUGGCAGACUUGGACGAGGAUGGAGUCGAAGUGGAUGUAACUCAGUUGCAGGCUUGGAGCGCCCUUUCACCCGCGCGCGGCCAGAUUUUAGAGGUUGCGCUGGGGCAAAGCAAUUUCCACGAGGCGCCGGCCGUUUGGGCCGCCUUUGUGAUUGUACGAGUGUCCACCCUUUUAGAUGGAUCACUAGUUCUGGAAUGCCGUUUCCUGGGGUCCGAAGAUACUUCCGUGGAUGGCCGUCUGGACACCGAUUUCAACACAGAAGGGAAUUCAAUUCACCUUUGCUUGUCGCGGCCUUGUUUAGAUAUUUCAGAAGGCGAGCCGGACCUCGGGGACUUUUUGCAUGCAACCAGAGUGCGUUUGUGGAGCGCGUCACGUUUUGUGGAGGUUUGCCCUUACCUUUCAGAUGCUCAGAAAAAGAAUGUGAACAAGUUUUUGAAGAGCUCUACAGAAAAACCAAAGGCUCCCAGGACUCCCCGUGCCAAAGCAGCUACCGCAAAAACUGCACCAAAAGAAAAGAAAGACAGGGGCAAGCCUGGAGAAACUGGAGGAAAAGCCGCCCCUCGCCGCAAGCCUGCCCUUCGCACUCCCAAAGAGACAGAACCUGGGGACCCAGAUAUCCGGGCAUCCAAAGAGGAGCUGCGGCAGAAGUUGAAGGCUUUGCGGGUCAGACUUCAGGGCGAUGGGAAGGAAGAAGAUCAGGAGUAUUCUCCGGGAACCUUGGUCGACGAGGAGCAGAAGGAUGGGCUAGAUGUAGAGAGCUCAGACUCUGUGCAGGCAGAUGGCCUGACGACAGGAGCCAACUUGGAUCCUCUUCCUCCAGAGCUGGCGAAAGCCGUUGCUCGGAAGGACAAACUCCGCCGCUCUCGACGUCAUACAGGCGGGGAAGAUGCGCUCGCCCUGGUGGAUACAAAAGACACCACUUCGAAAAGCUUGAGCGGCCAACUGGUCCAGAAAGCUCUGGAAGUGACUCGUCAGAGGAAAGCAAAGAGCUCGUCCAAGAAGAAGAAGAAGGUGUCAGGGAAGACGGAUAUGGAGCGGCUUUCCAAUGUCCUGGUCAAGGCAUUGCAGAAAGCCAGUGGGGUAACCCCCAAGGAGACCGAGGCCACCAAGAAGAAGAAGAAGCGCAAACGCAGAAUGUUGAGGGAUGGAACGAUAGUGACCUCAAGCGCCAGCUCAGGAGCUUCCUCGGGGGCGGAGACAGAAGAGCCCUCAAGCGACGAGGACCUGCAAGCACCGCUCAGAAAGAAAUCCAGGGACCGCCCAGGAAGCGUUUUGCAGCUCCUGGUGGCCCACAUCAGGGACCAGUUGGACCAAAGCGCCCUGACAGAGACCGGCCAGGCUUCAGCCGUGGUGACUGGGGGUGUGAAGGUCAUGACCUACUUCAACAUCCAUGUCAAGGGCGCCUAUCCUCAACACCUUCGAGAGUUGAGGGAGAUGUUUCAUUUGGCCUCAUGCAUAGAUGCUAUUCGAUCUGGGGACGUAGCUCGCUGCGCAGACGGCUUAGCAGCGCGGUUCAUAGCUCUACAUCAGUCCUUAGUGGACGGAAAUUGGGGAACAGCUCGUCACUUGGAGCUGCAUGCUAUGGAAGACGUGACCGCUGCCAGCCCGUCCGCCAUUUUGGCGACGCGGCGACAUGCAAAACUGGUUUCAAAAAUGCAGGGCUACCCCUCCAGCUCCUGGGUUCCGGGAGCCGGCCGCGGCCGUGGAGGAAAGGGCAAGAACGAGUGGAGCUAUGAAGAACAAAGAGAAGCCAGAGGAGAAGCCCAAGUAGCAGAGGAAGCAUCUCUGGUCAAGGCCGUUGAGAUCGCUCCCCAAGCUCAUUUGGCUGACUUGGGUCAGAUCCUACGUUUGUGUGACACACUGAGACGCACCGGGUGUGUCCUGGCGUGGGGCUUGAUUCAUGUGAGCUGUUUCACCAACGAGCUCCAGAAUUCAGGCAUCUAUAGGCUAAUGUUUGCCUCCAGCGUGCGGCAACGGGCCGGUCGGAAACGACUGGCUCUUCCCUUGCGCGAAGGCGAGUUGGCCGGGACUGUGAACACCUUGAAGGCUGUUUCUUUGUGCGAAGCCGCUGAGGAUAGCUUUUGUACUCUUCAUGCCGAAGCUUGCUGGACAUACUUGGCUUGUUUUGCAUGUAACUCCUUAGUGGAUGUGCAGCGGCCUCUUGACUCAGGAGGCUGGAUAAAGGCUGAGGAGCGGGCAUGCGCAGCUGUCAGGCUGAUGACGAGACGUCUGCUCAGCCAUGGACGCCAAGAACCUGUGAGCUCAGAAGGCAUAGAAAAAGAUGUGAAGCUUGCACGGGUGAACUAUUUGGGUGAAGAAGUAGGGAGUUGCCAUAAGUUGACACUGCGGCAGAUCGAGCCUGCUCUACCACCUAAAGAACAUGGGGGAUGUAUUGAUUUGAUGGAUUUUGUUUCACCGGUGACUGGAAAUUUCUUAAGGAAUCCUGAACACUGUAUCCUUGAAGACAGGGGCCAGCAAUUGCCAAAACUUCAAGGAAAAAUCCAUGUUGCCGAGGGAGAACUUCCUGCCAUCACGAGCGCACUGAUUAGUUGCGGGGUUUGUGACUGGAUUCCUUUUGAUGAUGUCCUUACUUAUCGUGGGGAGCCUGUUCUAAACGGUCUUUUUGGGGUGCCCAAAACAUCAUGUUUGUCUUCGGGAGAGCCUAUUCUUCGUGUUAUAAUGAACUUAGUACCUUCAAACUCAGUGAUGCUUCAGCUUGAAGGGGCUGUUAAGAACUUGCCCAGUAUUACUGCUUGGAUGUCAUUGGUGGCCGAUGAGGGUGAAACUAUCAGGAUUUGGCAGUCAGAUAUGACCAACGCUUUCUAUCUCUUUGCUUUACCUCCUCAGUGGAGACGCUGUUUAGCGUUUAACAUCGUAGUAAAUGGAAAACAGAUUGACAGAGACCCUGCUAGGAAGUAUGCUUUGUCCUGUUGCGUUUUACCCAUGGGUUGGCUUUCUUCAGUUUCAGUUAUGCAGGAAGUCAGUGAGCGUAUCUUGUUGCGCAGCAUGUUGCCUGCGGGAGAGCAAGUAGUUCGCAACCGCCCUCUGCCCUUAUGGAUGGUUGGUCUUUUAAAGGAAGCCCGAGAGCACCGUCGUAUAUGGUGGCAUGUCUAUUUGGAUAACUAUGCCGGAGGGCAGGUGUUGGGCGUUUCUGAAACUUCAGCUGCUGGUGAUCAACUCCACCAACUAGCAGAAAAAGCUUGGAGAGAAGCACAGGUUGUUUCUUCAGAAAAGAAAAGGAAGCGAGCAGUUGAAGAAGCUGAAGAAUUGGGAGCCCUAGUCAGCGGAGCCACAAACACCAUUGGGGCGUCUCCUGAGCGGAUCCUCAAAGUGAUACAAGCUACUUUGUGGAUUCUCUCUCAAAAGCAUUUAUCAAAGAAGCAUGUGCAGGUGGUGGCAGGACGGUGGGUCCACAUACUGCAAUUUCGUCGGCCGGGUAUGGCCUUCUUGGAUUCUACAUGGCAAUUUAUUAGCAGCAAGACUUUCAGCAGCCGUCUGGUAGAACAGGUAAAGAGAGAGCUCUGGAGUUUGGUGUGUGCAAGCCCCCUCUUACAUACUGACCUGGGAGCAACAGUUUCUAAUUUUGUGACUGCGUCGGAUGCCUCAGGUUUUGGUGGAGCAGUAGGGAUUUCAAAGCAGUUGACGUCUGUUGGGAGCGACUAUGUAGCAGCAAUGACAUCUAGUGUUCGCUCCGUUGUCAGUAUCCCGGUGUUGGUGAUUUCCCUCUUUAAUGGAGUAGGAGGGUGCUUCAGAUGUUACGACAUACUUGGGCUUGCACCUUUGGGACUUAUUAGUUUUGAUAUACAUGGGCCCGCCAACAGAGUUUCGAGCAGACGGUGGCCCCACUCGCUGCAGUACCAUGAUGUGAGGGAGAUUGACGAAACCAUGGUUCGAGGAUGGCUUCUUAAGUUUGUCGGAAUAACAGAAAUCCAUGUUUGGGCAGGCUUUCCAUGUACGGACCUUACGGCACUGAAGUCAGGUCGAGAAGGAUUAGCUGGUAGUCAGUCGAAGCUAUUUUAUGAAGUGCCUAGGGUUCUAGAAGUGCUCCGGAGCGCUGCAGGGGAGCUGAUUGAGAUCAAACUGGUGGGCGAGAAUGUUGCCUAUAUGGCAAAGAGCGAGUGCGUGGAAAUUUCAGAGACUUUGGGAAUUUGGCCAUACCACUUGAACUGCUCUGACGCAGUGCCCUUGAACAGGCCUAGACUAUGCUGGUGUAGCGAGUCCUUUGAGGGGGUUCUGGAUGGGGUACUUUUUGAGCGUGAGGAUUUUUGGACUAAGGUAACUGCUGAAAACCCUUAUCCAGAUCCAGCCACAUGGAUAGAGCCGGAAGUUGUUUGGACAGGCGCAGAGUCUGGCGAUGUCUUACCAACAUGUCUCCGGGCCAUCAUCCGGAGCCGACCACCACCGAGACCGGCAGGUCUGUCAAGGUACUAUGAUGCUAUGAGAAAACUUUUGCCUACACUGGAAAAGGUCAAAGGACCGCCUCAGCUGGAUGACGCAGUAAGCGACUGGGUUGAAAAACAAUGGAGAGAGGGUCAAACAAUUCAUGUUGUUUCAGACGCAUUGUGUGGCCUUCACCACUUUGAGCCCUAUACCAAGAAGUUGAUCCCAUCAGCAUGGAAAUUGUUUCGCACUUGGCGAAAAUUGGAGGCCCCCAAUAGGGCCCCUCCACUUACAAAAUACAUAAUAUAUUCGUUGGCUCACUAUGCGAUGAUGCAUAAUGAUUUAGUUUUUGGAACUUUGCUUUUAAUGGGAUUUUUCGGGUUACUCCGCACUGGAGAGUUGUUGCUGGCAAAGCCGUGCAACAUCCUUGUUGCAAAGGAACGGGUAAUCCUUUCACUGGAAAGCACGAAAUCUGGGAAGCGUAAUGCUGCUUCCGAGACCGUUUCUUUUGAUGAUCCCUUCGCAGUGAUUGCCAUUGAUCAGCUGUUACAGUUACGAGAACACCAACGCUUGCAGCAUGUCCCUUGUUGGCUUCACUCUGCACAGAACUUUAGGAAUAAGUUCAGCGUUUAUUUAAAGAAAUUUGAUCUCCAAGGCCACUGUUUCAGACCUUACAGCCUCCGAAGAGGAGGCGCGACUCACCUUUUUCAAACCACUGGCAGUAUGGAAUUGGCCUUGCUUAAAGGCAGGUGGGGAUCGGCCCAAGUGGCCAAAAUAUAUUUACAGGACGGCCUUAGCUUCCUGUCGAUGUUAACUUUUUCUCCACGUGCCAGGGAAAAACUGCAAGAGUGGAGGCCUUUUCAACACUACAGUGUCAAGUAA